AUGCAUUUACAAACUUUGUUCGUAGUUGCGUUCGCAGUCAUUUGCGGAAUUCAAUGUGCACCAGCUUUAGAUAAUGAUGAUGGAUGGGAUUUCAAAAAUCAAUAUAAAUUACCGGAAGACAACGAUGAAUAUGACGAUAAGUCAUAUAAUCGAAAAUCAUACCGCGGUGGAGCCGGCAUAGAAGAUAGAGAUUACACGAAGGAUAGAAAAUCGUCAAAAUACAACUAUGACGAUGACGAUGAUACAUAUGACAAUGGACCAUCAUACAAAGAUUCCGAUAAUUAUGAUGACGAUGAUGAUUCCUAUGGCAAACGACCAUCUUACAAAGGUUCUGAUAAUUAUGAUGAUGAUGAUGACGAUUACGAUAAUUAUAAACCCAAACCACGUCACCCAUCGAAAUAUGAAAACAAGCCAAAAGAUGUUGGUCAUAUGAACAUCUACCUUCGUGAACCAUCAAGAGAUGGCAAACGCCGAAAGCCCAAACGUUUCCGUUUUCCAACUGCUCGAUACGAACGCGAACAUUUUCCUAGAACAUUUGGACCAUUGAUCAGCUUCAUGCCAUGGGUACCAAUUUUUGCUGAUCGUCUCACUAAACAAACAAUCAUCUAUUCACCAACUGGCGGUGUUUACAUUCUUCCACCAGUGAUCAACUUCUAUGGAAAACUUAUUUCAAUCGCUCAACUAGUUGCUUCUGGCUAUGCUAGUUUGGUUAGCAGUGGCGCCCCGCCACCACCCGCUGUCGAUGUUGCACCACUUGUACAACCUGGUCCAGUUGUCGGUCCUGGUGUACCAACCGUUGAUACAGCUAAAGGUGGUUUCAAGGGUGGUGUCCGUACCGAAUUCCGUUCGUUUCCUCGUCCAAGUUAUCCAGGAAAUUACGAAGAUAAAUCCAGUUAUUCACAACAAGAUGACUAUCCCAAACCACGCGGUGGCUAUUAA